AUGCAAUCAAAAAACGACUCUGGAAAUCUCCUCGAAUGGCUGGGUGCUCCUCAGUGCGAAAAUGUCGUUUCUUUCGUUAUCGCUUUUAUUGGACGUGAACUAGUGGCUCAGUUUGUGGGAGCUGCUGUUGCGAUACGAGAUAAUGAGGAACCAAAUCUGUUUCUCAAUGACAACAAAGACGGGCAGAUAGCUGCUCCAAAUGAAAGGGUUCCCCUCCAGGUCCGACAUUACAAUGAAGCCCUUCGCCGAUGUAUAGGCUGGAGACGUCGCAAAGAUUUUUUAUUCGGUUAUCAUACUGACAAUGAAGAAGAAGGAUGUACUCCUGCGAAAAGAUUGAAGUCUGAUGAUGGCGAGGUUUCUCAACCUACGUGA